ACACAAGACAAAAGCGAACGAGGUCCUCUCUGCGAGUCUUCAACUUUUGAAAUUUUUCCAUUGAAAAUCAAUUCAAUUUCAGUGAAAAAAACUUUAAAUUUAUUAAACUCAAAGGGUGCAAUUAAUUUUUUACAAAAAGAUUUGGAGACAAAUAUCAAAAUGACGUGGGAACCACAGACCGAGGGCUUGCAGCAGAUCAUUACGAUUCUGAAGGAGUCUCAAUCUCCAGACACCGCUACACAAUUAGCUGUCCAAAUGAAACUCGAGGAACUCAAUCAAUAUCCGGACUUCAAUAACUAUCUCAUUUAUGUACUCACUAAACUUAAAUCUGAAGAUGAGCCAACUCGAUCUUUAAGCGGUUUGAUUCUUAAAAACAAUAUUCGCCUUCAUGGAAGUAGUUUGCAGCCAGAAAUAUUGGAAUACAUUAAACAAGAGUGUCUACAGGCAGUUGGUGAUCCAUCAGCAUUAAUUCGAGCAACAGUCGGUAUUCUAAUUACAACAAUUGCAAGCAAUGGAGGGCUCCAAAAUUGGCCACAACUUUUACCAGCACUAUGUGAGAUGCUCGAUUCACAGGACUAUAAUGUCUGUGAGGGUGCUUUCAGUGCACUACAAAAGAUUUGUGAAGACUCAGCUGAUAUAUUGGACAGUGCCGUUCUCAAUCGCCCCUUAAAUGUUAUGAUUCCGAAAUUUUUGCAAUAUUUCAGUCAUAGCAGUCCUAAAAUUCGUUCCCAUGCUAUCGCCUGCAUUAAUCAAUUUAUUAUCAACCGCUCUCAGGCUCUAAUGCUGCAUAUAGACACAUUUAUUGAAAAUCUUUUUAAUCUGUCCUCGGAUGACGACCACGAAGUGCGAAAAAAUGUAUGCCACGGUUUAGUUAUGUUGCUUGAAGUCCGAAUGGAUCGUCUCCAACCACACAUGGGACAGAUCAUUGAGUACAUGCUCAUGCGAACACAAGAUUCUGAUGAAGGUGUUGCUUUGGAAGCAUCCGAGUUUUGGCUAUCCCUGGCCGAACAGAACAUAUGCAAAGAAGUCCUCACUCCGUAUUUGCCACAGUUGGCGCCAGUUUUGGUUCGUGGAAUGCGUUAUUCAGAAAUCGACAUUAUUCUACUCAAAGGCAAUGUUGAAGAAGAUGACAUGGUGCCGGAUCGCGAGGAAGACAUUCGCCCUAGGUUCCACAAAUCCCGUACUCAUACGAUUGCAGCUACGAGUGGUGGUGUCGGUGGUGGGGAUGGAGUUGAUGAUGAUGACGAUGAGUUCGAUGAUGGCUUGGACGAUGACAGUUCGUUAUCUGAAUGGAAUUUGAGGAAGUGUAGUGCCGCCGCACUCGAUGUUCUGGCAAAUGUUUUCCGCGAGGAAUGCCUGCCCAUCGUUUUGCCAAUUCUAAAAGAAACUUUAUUCCAUCAAGAGUGGGUAAUCAAAGAGAGUGGUGUCCUGGCUCUUGGAGCUAUUGCCGAAGGUUGUAUGCAAGGCAUGAUCCCGCAUCUACCCGAGUUGAUACCGUUCCUGAUAAGCUGCUUGUCCGACAAGAAAGCACUUGUUCGUUCCAUAACCUGCUGGACAUUGUCGCGAUAUGCCAAUUGGGUUGUCAAUCAGCCCCACGAUCAAUAUCUUAAGCCUUUGAUGGAAGAACUGCUGAAGAGAAUAUUGGAUUCAAACAAGAGAGUGCAGGAAGCGGCAUGUUCGGCUUUUGCUACACUCGAGGAGGAAGCCUGCACUGAACUGGUCCCAUACUUGGAAUACAUUCUCAAAACCUUGGUCUAUGCGUUUUCAAAAUAUCAACACAAGAACUUAUUGAUUCUGUAUGAUGCUGUGGGUACUUUGGCCGAUUCUGUGGGGCAUCAUCUAAAUACUCCUGAGUAUAUAAAUAUUUUGAUGCCACCGCUGAUAGAAAAGUGGAAUUUGUUGAAAGACGACGAUAAAGACCUGUUUCCUUUAUUGGAGUGUUUGUCGAGCAUAGCUACAGCACUACAAUCUGGUUUUCUGCCAUAUUGCGAGCCUGUAUACAGACGAUGCAUUUCCCUAAUUGAACAGACCAUCAAUCAGGAUAUGGCUUGUAAAUCAAAUCCAGGAUUUGAUCAACCAGAUAAAGAGCGAAUGAUUGUGGCACUUGAUUUACUAUCGGGAUUAGCCGAAGGACUUGAUGGUCACAUUGAGGCAUUAGUAGCAAACAGUAAUAUAAUGCAAUUGCUCUAUCAAUGCAUGCAAGACGCACUACCAGAGGUACGACAGUCGUCUUUUGCAUUGCUUGGAGACUUGACAAAAGCCUGUUUCCAACACGUCCAUCCAUUUAUGUCAGACUUUUUCCCAAUUUUGGGACAGAACUUAAACCCCGACUUUAUUUCGGUGUGCAAUAAUGCAACAUGGGCAAUUGGUGAAAUUUGCAUGAAAUUAGGAGAGGAAACAAGGCAAUACAUUCAUCUUGUAUUAAAAGAACUAUUCGUCAUAAUCAACCGUCCUAAUACGCCAAAAACUCUUUUGGAGAACACAGCUAUAACAAUCGGUCGUCUAGGUUAUGUGUGCCCCGUUGAAGUGGCUCCUUAUUUGCCAGAAUUUGUACGACAGUGGUGCACAUCUUUGCGUCAUAUAAGAGACAAUGAUGAAAAGGAUUCUGCUUUCCGUGGAAUGUGUCACAUGAUUACAGUGCAUCCGGCUGGAGUGGUACCCGAUUUUAUCUUCUUCUGUGAUGCUAUUGCAUCAUGGGUAAAUCCCCCGGCAGAUCUUCAUCAAAUGAUACAGAAGAUUCUUCAUGGAUUCAAAACACAAGUCGGGGAAGAAAAUUGGCGUAGAUUUGUCGAUCAAUUCCCCCCAAAUCUGUCUGAACGUCUUGUUGCAAUGUACAGUAUCUAAACAAAAAUGCUUUGCAUCCUUCUCAAUCCUAAUAUAACAUCAACAACAACAAG